CCGCUUGGCGGCGGAAUCGGUCCGUGUCCUCGCGCCUUCUCUAGGUGGCGGGAAAAGUAGGUCGCGGUGGAGAAGGUGUGCGGAAUGGCAGCGACAGCGUAGGCUGCGCCUCCUCUUUAGGCCCUCGUCGCCCCAGAAGAGGCAAGGAUAGCGUAGUUUCUGAAGUGAAUGAUGGCAGCAUUACAGAAUGACACAGAAUAUGAAAAGGGAACAAAGAAAACCUUUGCUCCACCUACACAAAAAUCACAUAGUGUGAUACAGCUUAAUUCAUGGAAGGAGGACACCCUGGGGACCAGUUCUCUAGAGGCAGAGGCCAAGCCAAGCAGGCCAAAAGCCAUCUCAAAGAAGGAGCGGAAGAAAGCCACAGAGCAAGGUCCAGGCGGGGGCCAGGAGAACAAGUCAUCUGAGAAGAAAGGAAAGGAAAAAGCAACUCUUACCAAUGCAGAAUUUGAGGAGAUUUUCCAGACUGUACUACAGAAGUCCCUGCAGGAGUACUUGGGGCUGGGGUCUGGACUUAAUUUUGCAGAGACUUCCUGUGUCCAACCCAUGACACCUACCAAGUCAGACAAAGAAUCAGGAGUUACUCCUUCUGCCACUGAGAAUGAAAAUGCUGAUGGGGAGAAGGUAAUAGUGCCUGGUACUCCAAAGAUAGUAUCUUCUCUAGAAGAGGAAGUGAGCUCUGAGAUAAAGACAUCUAAGCCAGGCCAGCUGGUUACUGAACCCUCUAAGAAGAAAUUUAAUAGACUUUCUUUAAGCAAAAGAAAGAAGAAAGCUGAAGAUGAGAAAAUGGAGACAAUCCAAGAUGGACGCGAGUGCAGUCUGGAAGACAAGCAGAAGACAGUGUCUCAGGACCAUUCUCAGAUCCGGGGCCAGAAAGAAGAGGAAGGUGGUUUUGGCCAGUGUCUCAUCUGGGUCCAGUGUUCCUUUCCAAAGUGUGAGAAAUGGAGACAGCUACGUGGAGACAUUGAUCCCUCAGUGCUCCCAGAUAACUGGUCCUGUGACCAGAAUCCAGACCUGAAUUAUAAUCGCUGUGAUAUUCCCGAGGAGACCUGGACAGGGUGUGAGAGCGAUGUGGCCUAUGCCUCCUACAUUCCAGGAUCCAUCAUCUGGGCCAAGCAACAUGGUUACCCCUGGUGGCCAGGCAUGAUAGAACCUGAUCCUGACCUGGGGGAGUAUUUUCUUUUUGCAUCUCAUCUUGAUUCCCUGCCGUCCAAGUAUCAUGUGACAUAUUUUGGAGAAACAGUUUCUCGUGCGUGGAUUUCAGUCAGCAUGCUGAAGAACUUCCAGGAACUGUCCCUGGAGCUAUCCAAAGUGAAAAAAUGCAGGAACAAGGACUACAGCCAGAAACUGGAGGCAGCCAUAAAGAUGGCUCACGAGGCAGAACAGAUCAAUAUUCAGGAGCGGGUUAACUUGUUUGGUUUCCUGAGUCGAUACAAUGGACCUGACAGCACUGGGGAAGGGAAAGAUUUGGCGCUCUGUGAGUCCAACAGCCCCGAGUCUUGUCUGGAGAAAGAGAAGGACUCAGAGGAGAAGAAGGAGGAGAAAGAAGAGAAGAAAAACCCAACUUUGCCUAGACCCAAGCCAGCUACAAUACAGACCAAAAAAACCAAGUCAAGAGGCCUAGCAGGAGGACGAGAUGGGACUCCAAAAGAGAAGACUGUGAAGAAGUCUCCAGGCAAUGGACCCACAUUGGGAGGAAAAGAAGAACAGGGGAAUUCAGACCUGGACCAUCCAGGCCCUAAAAAGAAAUUUAAGACUCCUGAAAGCAAGGCCUCAGCAAUCAACUUACCUGAGGAGAAAGAAAUUAAAAUUGUAUCAGAGUGCUCUACCCCACCAGCUCAGCAUGGGGUUUGUCCUUUGGGAAAGGAAGGUCCUGGACCUCAGGAGCCCCUGACACAGGGGGCAGCAAGAUUCCCCCCUGAAGAUGAUGGUUCCAGUGACCUGGACUUGGAGCAACUCAUGGAAGACAUUGGAGAGCCAGAGGAGAGGGGGGACUCGCAGCACAGGGAUGGCUCUGAGGAGUUCCUGGCGGCCCUUUUUGAGGAAUAGUGUGCUCUGGUCCUCCUACAUUCUUGAGUAGACAUUAAAUGCCAGAGUUGUUGACCUGCCAAGUGGUUCUAUUCAGAGCUGUGCAGCCCGUGUCAAUAAAGCAGGUCUCUGGGCUACUGCUGAGGUGUGCUUCCUUUCCUGUCUCUAUGGCAGACUGCCUGCUCUGGAGGGGACAGGAGGCUGGGGACAGCAGACCCAGAUCUGGGGAACAU